AUGCAGCCCAGAGGUUCCGGAGCUCAGGAGGUGGAUUGGGAUGCAGCCCAGAGGUUCAGGAGCUCAGGAGGUGGAUUGGGAUGCAGCCCAGAGGUUCAGGAGCUCAGGAGGUGGAUUGGGAUGCAGCCCAGAGGUUCAGGAGCUCAGGAGGUGGAUUGGGAUGCAGCCCAGGAGCUCAGGAGGUGGAUUGGGAUGCAGCCCAGAGGUUCAGGAGCUCAGGAGGUGGAUUGGGAUGCAGCCCAGAGGUUCAGGAGCUCAGGAGGUGGAUUGGGAUGCAGCCCAGAGGUUCAGGAGCCUCAGGAGGUGGAUUGGGAUGCAGCCAGAGGUUCAGGAGCCAGGAGGUGGAUUGGGAUGCAGCCAGGAGCUCAGGAGGUGGAUUGGGAUGCAGCCCAGAGGUUCAGGAGCUCAGGAGGUGGAUUGGGAUGCAGCCCAGAGGUUCAGGAGCUCAGGAGGUGGAUUGGGAUGCAGCCCAGAGGUUCAGGAGCCCAGGAGGUGGAUUGGGAUGCAGCCCAGAGGUUCAGGAGCCCAGGAGGUGGAUUGGGAUGCAGCCCAGGAGCUCAGGAGGUGGAUUCAGACUAA